AUAAAAUAAUACAGCCAAUCAAUCUUGCAUGCCGAAAGGAAGAUACCCUUUUCGUUAUCAUCAAACAUUUCUUCUCUUUCAAGCCUCUCAAUGGCUUUUUCUUUGCAAAACAGGGCACCCAAGGCCUCCUCUGUUUUGCUCUGUUUUUUGCUCUGUUUUGCUCUGUUUUUGUUCUGUUUCAGGCCGGCGUUGGCACAGUCGCCAGUUUUCGCCUGCGAUGUCACCAAGAAUUCAUCGUUUGCGAGUUUUGGGUUUUGCGACAAGUCAUUGGGGACUGGUGCUAGAGUGGCUGAUUUAGUGAAGAGGCUUACAUUGCAAGAGAAAAUUCUGUUCUUGGUGAACAGUGCGGGGAGUGUAAGCAGGCUUGGGAUACCAAAGUAUGAGUGGUGGUCUGAGGCUUUACAUGGAGUCUCUUACGUCGGUCCCGGCACGCAUUUCUCGAGUGUUGUCCCCGGAGCCACCAGCUUCCCUCAAGUCAUUCUCACGGCCGCUUCAUUCAAUGCUUCUUUGUUUGAAGCCAUUGGAAAGGUGGUGUCAACUGAAGCAAGGGCAAUGUACAAUGUGGGGUUAGCAGGAUUGACAUUUUGGUCACCGAAUAUUAACAUUUUCAGAGACCCCAGAUGGGGAAGAGGCCAGGAAACUCCAGGAGAAGAUCCAUUGCUUUCAAGUAAAUACGGUUCGGGUUACGUAAGAGGACUGCAACAAACCGAUGAUGGUGAUCCCAACAGACUUAAGGUUGCGGCUUGUUGUAAACAUUAUACUGCCUAUGAUCUGGAUAAUUGGAAAGGGACUGACCGUUACCACUUCAAUGCUGUGGUAACAAAGCAAGAUAUGGAUGAUACAUUUCAACCACCAUUCAAAAGCUGUGUUCUUGAUGGGAAUGUAGCAAGUGUGAUGUGUUCUUACAACCAGGUUAAUGGUAAGCCUACAUGUGCAGACCCUGACCUCCUCGCGGGAGUCAUCCGCGGAGAAUGGAAACUAAAUGGAUACAUAGUUUCAGAUUGUGAUUCAUUGGAUGUGUUCUACAAGUCCCAACAUUACACAAAGACACCAGAAGAAGCUGCAGCCAUUGCUAUUUUAGCUGGAUUGGAUCUUAAUUGUGGUUCUUUUCUUGGACAACACACUGAAGCUGCAGUUAAAGCAGGACUUGUGAAUGAGUCGUCUAUCGACAAUGCCAUUUCUAACAAUUUCGCGACUUUGAUCAGACUUGGCUUCUUUGAUGGUGAUCCUAGCAAGCUAAUUUAUGGAAAUCUUGGUCCAAAAGAUGUAUGUACAUCAGCAAACCAGGAGUUAGCCCGCGAAGCUGCACGACAAGGAAUUGUAUUGCUAAAGAAUAAUGCAGGAUCACUACCUUUAUCUCCUACCACCAUCAAAACAUUGGCAGUGAUUGGUCCCAAUGCCAAUGUCACAAAAACCAUGAUUGGAAACUAUGAAGGUACACCAUGCAAAUACACAACACCUCUACAAGGCUUGGCGGCGGUGGUUGGGACAACGUAUGCACCUGGUUGCGCCAAUGUAGCUUGCAGCACUGCUCAAGUAGACGAUGCUAAGAAAAUCGCAGCGACUGCAGAUGCCACAGUGCUUAUUGUGGGUGCUGAUCAAUCAAUUGAGGCGGAGAGUCUUGACAGAACCAACAUUUUGCUUCCAGGACAGCAACCACUUCUGGUAUCAGAAGUGGCAAAUGUGUCUAAAGGGCCUGUGAUUCUUGUCAUAAUGUCAGGAGGCGGCAUGGACAUAUCAUUCGCUAAAAGUAAUGAAAAGAUCACAGGCAUUUUGUGGGUUGGUUAUCCUGGUGAAGCUGGUGGAGCUGCCAUUGCUGAUGUGAUUUUUGGGUCUUAUAAUCCAAGUGGAAGGCUACCAAUGACAUGGUAUCCUCAAUCCUAUGUAGACAAAGUUCCAAUGACAAACAUGAACAUGAGACCUGAUCCUUCCAACGGCUACCCCGGUCGAACCUACCGGUUCUACACCGGAGAAACAAUCUAUUCAUUUGGUGAUGGACUCGGCUACACUACAGUGAAGCAUGAACUAAUUCAAGCACCUGAGUUAGUAUCAGUACCAUUAGAAGCAGGUCAUGAAUGUCACACAGCAGUGUGUCAAUCCCUUGAUGUUGUGCAAAGUAGUUGUGAAAACUUGGCUGUUGACAUACAUUUGAGAGUCAAAAACACAGGGAGAAUGAGUGAAAGCCACACAGUGUUGUUGUUCUCUAGUCCUCCAUCAGUCCACAAAUCACCACAGAAACACUUACUAGGGUUUGAGAAGGUCUACUUGGGUGCAGAAUCAGAAGGGAUUGUGAGAUUCAAAGUUGAUGUUUGUAAGGAUUUGAGUGUGGUUGAUGAGGUUGGGAAUAGGAAGGUUGCAUUGGGGGAACAUGUUCUUCAUGUGGGAAGCUUGAAACACUCAUUGACUGUGAGGAUUUGAAACAAAAAUGUCUUCAAAUCCUCUGCAGUUUUUUUUUUUUUUGGGUUUUGUGUUUUCUUUUUCCAGGAAAGAAGAGGAAAAGAAACUCUUCAAAUUGAAAAUUUGAGCUGCAAAAUAGCUUGGGAGGAUUGUAACAGUUUUCUCAAUUAUUUCAUUAAGCCAAAUUGUUCAAAGGUAU